UCUUUCUCCCUCCACAAAUCAUAAUCGCCUUCCAAUUUCUUCCACAUAAAACUACUCUCCCAAAUCGCCAAAUCCCGCCCUUCUCUGUUUCUCACUCGCACCACCCACUUCAUUUCUCCUCUGCAUCAUCAAUGGCGUCUGCAGCUUCCCCUGCCACUUUCCAUCUCCUUCCCACCACAUCCUCUUCCACUUCUUCAACCCGCUCCGCCCUUCUUCAGUUUUCCCCCACCGCCACUUCCUCUUCCUCAAUCCGCCUCCGCAGCGCCCCCAUUCAGCGCCUUGGCUUUUCCGCCUCCGACCCACUUUUCUCCCUCCAUGUCGCCUCCAAGAUUCGGUCGUUUCGGGGCAAGGCUUCGAGGGGUGUGGUGUCCAUGGCUAAGAAGAGCGUUGGGGAUUUGACUGCUUCUGAUUUGAAGGGGAAGAAAGUGUUCGUGAGGGCUGAUCUGAAUGUGCCCUUGGAUGAGAAUCAGAAUAUUACUGAUGACACUAGGAUCAGAGCUGCUAUUCCUACAAUCAAGCAUUUGACGGAGAAGGGAGCUAAAGUCAUCCUCUCCAGCCAUCUGGGACGACCAAAAGGAGUGACUCCAAAAUUCAGCUUGGCACCUCUUGUGCCUAGGCUUUCUGAGCUUCUUGGCAUUCAGGUUGUGAAGGCUGAUGACUGCAUUGGUCCUGAGGUUGAAAAAUUGGUUGCUUCCCUACCCGAAGGUGGAGUCCUUCUCCUUGAGAAUGUGAGAUUCUACAAGGAAGAAGAGAAAAAUGAACCCGAGUUUGCGAAGAAGCUUGCUUCUCUAGCUGAUCUUUUUGUAAAUGAUGCAUUUGGAACUGCCCAUAGAGCUCAUGCGUCGACCGAGGGAGUCACCAAGUUUUUGAAGCCUUCUGUAGCUGGUUUCCUCUUGCAAAAGGAACUCGACUAUCUAGUAGGGGCCGUGUCGAGCCCCAAGAGGCCAUUUGCUGCUAUUGUUGGUGGUUCGAAGGUCUCUUCAAAAAUUGGAGUGAUCGAGUCACUUCUAGAGAAGUGUGACAUCCUACUCCUUGGUGGUGGAAUGAUCUUUACAUUCUACAAGGCACAGGGACUUUCCGUUGGUUCAUCUUUGGUGGAAGAGGAUAAGCUUGAACUAGCAACCUCCCUCCUCGCGAAGGCAAAGGCGAAAGGAGUAUCCCUUUUGUUACCGACCGACGUCGUCAUUGCAGAUAAGUUUGCUCCAGAUGCAAACAGCAAGAUUGUCCCAGCAUCUGCUAUCCCUGAUGGAUGGAUGGGGCUGGACAUUGGACCAGAUUCCGUAAAGACAUUCAAUGAUGCUUUGGACACUACCCAAACUAUCAUCUGGAAUGGACCAAUGGGAGUGUUCGAAUUCGACAAGUUUGCAGUCGGAACAGAGUCGAUUGCUAAGAAACUUGCAGAGCUCAGCGGGAAGGGGGUGACGACCAUCAUCGGAGGUGGAGACUCGGUUGCAGCUGUGGAGAAGGUGGGAGUUGCGAGCGUUAUGAGCCACAUUUCGACUGGUGGGGGUGCCAGUUUGGAGUUGUUGGAAGGCAAAGAGCUACCCGGUGUCCUUGCUCUCGAUGAGGCGGUACCUGUCGCCGUGUAGGUGAUGGAUCAUUCCAUUUAAUUUUUUUCUCCUCCCCGUUGCAGCUGAAUGCUUGAAUUGCAAUGUGUAAGAGAGAAAUAUAUUGAUGUAGAAAUAAGAGUUCUUGUUGUAAAAGUGGUAGCGUUAUGUCUCUCUGCAUUUGACAUUCCCUUGCCGGCUGGGAACAGAUUGUAGGGAUAACUGUUCCAAGAGUUGUAAUAAAUUUGUGCAUCAAUCUCUCAUUUUCCUCUGUA